CAGGUGUACCUAAAACGUGGUGAUUUUCUUGAGCUUCGCUGCAAACCAGGAUAUGAACUUGCCACUAAUUUAUCUCAAUCUACCUUUACGGUGCAAUGCAAUGGAAAUCCAAUUGUCUAUCCGGAAUGCAAAGAAAUUAGAUGCGAUCCUCCGACAGUGGCUAACGGAACCUACCACCCCAAAAAGAGUUUGUUCAGAGAAUUGGAAGCAAUCAGAGUAGACUGUAAUCAAGGAUUUCACUUUGAAACGGACAAUAAGGACAGGAGAGCAGAAUGCACAAAGAAUGGUUGGUUACCUAUUCCAAGAUGUAUCUUGAGACCCUGUGACUACCCAAAUAUAGAAAAUGGAGCAUUAACUGAAUAUUAUGAAAAUUACAAAGAACGAGCCUUUCCAGCACAGUUAGGCAUGGGAAUUUACUACAGAUGUCUUGAUGGUUACGUAUCUGAAAGAGAGGAGAAGUGGACUCUGAUCAGUUGUACUAAAGUGGGCUGGUCUCCUGCGCCAAAAUGUCUUAAAAAGUGUUCUCCUGGUCAUUUGGAAAAUGGUAGAUUUCUGUCUAGCUAUUGGACCACCUACAAAGAAGGUGAUGACAUUUCAUAUGUGUGUUCUCCUUCUCAUAAUCUGGAAGCCAAAGUUACAUGCACAAAGAAUGGCUGGUCACCUACUCCAACAUGUACUUCUACCAAAAUCUGUGAAAAAGUUGAGAUACAGAAUGGUUAUUUCUCUGAAAGUAAGCACAGAUUUAAUUUAAAUGAGGAAGCAACAUAUGGGUGUCAGAUUGGUUACACAACUCCAGAAGGAAAUGAGUUGGGGAAGACACAGUGCUUGCUGAGGACAGAAUCCAGAGAGGAGCAGAACUCAACAUCAGCCAUUACAAGCGCUGGGUUUACUUUGUCAACCACCAGGAUGACUUUGCUGAGCUGUAUCGUCAUUCAGCUUCUCUGGGCUUUAUGUGCUAAUGGACAAGAAAUUACUUGUGAUCCUCCAGCAGUGACUAAUGGAACCUUCCAGCCCCAAAAGAGAGUGUUCAGAGAAGAUGAUGUAAUCAGAGUAGACUGCAAUCGUGGAUUUCACUUUGACACAGACAACAGGGAAAAGACAGCAGAAUGUACAAAGAAUGGCUGGUUACCUAUUCCAAGAUGUAGCUUGAAACUCUGUGACUACCCACAUAUAGAAAAUGGCAGAUUAACUGGCUAUUACAAAAACCACAGAGAAAAAGAUUUUCCAGUACGUUUAGGGGUGACAAUUUUCUACAGAUGUCUUGAUGGUUAUGUAUCUAAGAGUGAGAGCACCUGGAAUCUCAUCAGAUGUACUGCAGAUGGCUGGGACCCGAUGCCAAAAUGUCUUAAAAAGUGUUCUCCCAUUUGGUUGGCAAAUGGUAGAUUCCUAAUUCUAUGGCAGAAAGUCUACAAAGAAGGUGAUGACAUUUCGUAUGUGUGUGAUCAUGAAUAUAUCCCUGAAAAUCAGCAAGCAAAAGCUACAUGCACAAAGAAUAACUGGAUGCCUACUCCAAGAUGUAUCUUUAACCGGUUUCAGGGAAAGAUGGGACAGACUCUUCUCCCAAGAGAGCCAGAAGAUGUUUUCAGUCCCAUCCCAGGAUCACUGACCAGGAUAGAUGAUCCAUCACUUCUACCUGGAGCUGGUCCAUCUGGUACACCACACACAGGAUCAUUAAGUCUGUCAGAAAUAUGUGGAAGGACAGAGGUACCUCAUGGUUAUUUCUUUGAAACAAAGAACAGGUUUGGUUUAAAUGAAAAAGCAACAUAUAGGUGUCAGAUUGGUUACAUGACUCCAGAAGGAAAUGAGACAGGGGAGAUACAAUGUCUUGAAGAAGGAUGGAGUCCUUUUCCAGAAUGCAUAAAGACAUGUAGGAUGCCUGCUUUUCAGCAUAUUCAUUUCUACACCAGUAAAAUGGUGUUUUUGCCUGAAGACAUACUGGAAUAUGAAUGUGCAGAUGGAUACAAAACUGUAAAUAAAAUCUCAAGGGGGCACACAAUAUGUAGCAUAAAUGGAUGGACUCCAGAGCCCCAAUGUUUUGCAAUAGAAUGUGAGAUGCUGAUGCUGCCCCAUGGAGAGGUUUUCCCCAAGAAGGACAAAUAUCUUAAUGGAGAUGUCGUGACAUUUUCCUGUGCAAAACGUUAUACCAGAGUAGGACCUGACUCUGCUCAGUGCUAUUACUUUGGAUGGUCCCCAGAACCUCCGACAUGUAAAGUGGAAAUCAAAGCUUGUGGGCCACCACCCAGCAUUACAGAAUGGGAAUAUUAUCAGUGA